AUGUCUUCAACCCACCAAGCCGCAGUCCUCCCGGGAAAGGGCGAACAUCUGAUUGUCCAGGACGUGGAGACUCCAAAGCCCGGGCCUCGCGAACUUCUCAUCUCAGUCCACGCCAUUGCCCUCAACCCUGUUGAUUUCUUCAUGAGAGACCUGGGCUUCAUGGUUACGGCAUACCCGGCGAUCCUUGGAUCCGACAUCGCCGGCACAGUCGAAGCCCUCGGCAGCGACAUCCCUGCCUCCUCACCAUUCAAGCCCGGCGCCCACGUCCUCGGCUUUGCCCCAGCAUUUGUCCAGGGCGGCAAGCCGAAGUACGGUGGUUUCCAAAAGAAAGUCGUCCUCCCCAUCGAAUGGGCGUGCCCCAUCCCUCCAACCCUCCCCUUCACCAGCGCAGCAACCCUACCCAUGGCCGUGCUCACAGCCUGGACUGGCUUCACCACGAUCGGCAUCCCCAUGACGACCACCUCGCUAUAUUCGACACCACAUGAAGGAGACAGCGGCAGUGAGGGCGCCAAACCGGGGCUCCUAGUCUGGGGCGCCUCCUCCUCCGUCGGCAUGUCCGCAAUCCAGGUCGCCACGCACCUAGGCUUCCCAGCCAUCUACGCGACCUCCCGCCCUCAGCACCACGCCCAACUGCUCGCCCUCGGUGCGGCCCGCGCCUUCGACUAUACCUCCGCCGAUGUGGUCGAGGAGAUCAUCGCGGCCGCGAAUUCCGACACCGUGGCCUUGACGACCGCGUACCGCGCCAUCGGCGACCUACAGCCCGUGGUCGACGUGGUGGCCACGUUCGGGGGCGGCAAAGUCGCGUCCGCGCCACAAGUCAACGAGAACACGUCCCAGCACGAGACCGUAAAAGUCAAGUUCGUGAUGGGUCCGCAGGAGCCCACCGCCGUGGCGAGACAUCUCGAAUUCGUGCUCCACGAGUGGUUGGCCCCGAGGUUGCAGGCGGGAACCUUUGUGCCUGCGCCGAAGGCACGCGUGGUGGACGGGGGCUUGGGCGCGGUGGAUGCAGCUUUGGAUAUCUUGAAGGGCGGUGUUAGUGGGGAGAAGUUGGUGUUGGAGGUUGUAGAGAGAGACGCGCGUCGGUGA